AUGUGUUUGAACGUGAACGUGGUCGGGAGCGCGCAUGACCUAAUAUACUGGCUCUUGGUUGAACGAUACUGUUGGAGAAACAGGCUGGAACAGUUGAAAAGGGGGAAACACACUGCUGUAAAUAUCCCUUUCAUGAGGUGCAAAAGUAAAAUACACAUCUGAACAUCUGAAAGCGAUUGACAGGCCGAACUUAUUCAUUGCUACUAUUAUCUACUUGCAUUAAAAACGUAAGGUUAUGGUAUUAUAACACAGGCUUCCUCACUCAGGGUCAUUUGGCCACAGCCUUUCAGCUGAAAAUGUGGAGGAUGUGAAAUGGGCAUCUCCUCACUGCAGUGUUACAUGUGGAGGCAUGUCUCUCAGAGAAUCCCCCUUCUCCAGUGGCCUUGCAAGGGCUCUCCACACCCUGGGAUGGGCUCUCAUCUUCCCCUGCUUCUGGUUCCUGGAUCGACUCAUUGCUGUCUGCAUCUCCACCAGUCUGGAGCGUCGGCAAAGACGGGAGGAAAAGUGCUACUGCUACCUGUACCCGCUCAAGGUCUUCUUCGGCUCCGUUCUCUUCCUUGUCCUCUUCCUCAUUUCCACACCGGUUGCCUUGCUGGGGUUCUUGCUGUGGGCCCCGCUCCAGGUCACGCGCCGACCUUUCGCUUACCUCCAGCAUGUGGAGACACAGAGCCGUAACACAGUCUGGGAGGAGGCUGGCAAGCUGUCCUUGGGGUUUGUGACCGCCAACCUGUGCCUGCUACCGGACAGCCUGGCUCGCUUCAACAACCUGGGGCACACCCAGCAGCGGGCGGCGACAGUUGGGCAGAGCAUCGUGCAGGGCGAAGGCCGUCCGUUCAACCGCUGCAACCAGAACACACCGCUGUAUGUGUCUACAUCGUUUCCGGCUAGCAUGGACAUUGUUUGCCUGCUGGAAGUGUUUGAUAAGAGGGCAGCUGCGAAGCUGGCUGAUGCCUUGCGGCCCUUCUUCGGCCACGUGCUGUGCGACGUCGGGGUCUACGCCUGCCAGCUCUGCGACGUCUGCUGCUCCUUUAAGUUCUUCAACAGUGGCCUGUUCCUGGCCAGCCGUCACCCCGUGCUAAAGGCCCAGUACCACUGCUUCCCCAACAGCCGAGGGGAGGACGCGCUGGCUGCCAAAGGCCUGCUCUCUGUCAAGGUACAAAUAGGAUUACACAAGGAAAAGAAGAAAAUGGUUGGAUUUUUUAACUGCACCCAUCUUCAUGCUCUGGAAGGGGAUGGAGCCAUUCGAUAUGACCAGCUGGAUAUGGUGACCAAAUGGAUUGAGGAGUUCCAAAGGGUAAACAGGCAGGAAGAUGAAAUGGUAGUUUUUGAUGUGCUCUGUGGGGACUUCAACUUUGACAACUGCUCUCCUGAUGACCAUCUGGAGCAGAACCAUAGUCUGUUUAAUGACUACACAGACCCCUGCAGAGCUGGACCUGGUAGAGAAAAGCCCUGGGUUAUAGGCACUCUCCUGCAGCAGCCCACCCUGUAUGAGGAGAAUGUCAACACGCCAGACAACCUGAAAAUGACCCUGGAAGAUGAAGAGCAGCGUAAAAUGCGCCUGGCCCCACCUGUCUCCUUUGAUGCUAUUCCUUUUGUGUACCCUGAGACUGGGGAGCCCUGGGUGGGCCGUCGCAUCGAUUACCUCCUGUACAGAGAGAGCACACUGACCCAUCAUUUACGAACAGAGGUUGAGGAGUUUACAUAUGUGACUCGGCUAGCUGGCUUAACAGAUCACAUUCCUGUUGGCUUGAGGCUUAAUGUCACCCUGGACUCGGCAGGGGACCCAGCAGGGACAAGGCUGUGAAAUACAGCACACUUCAUUCCACCAGAGUGCUGAUACAAGACCAAAAGAACAUACUAAAUGUGACUUUCUGGCACAAAAUAGGAGGAUUCAUGUGUUGACAUGCAAACAUGUAUCCUUAAUUGCUUGAUUUAGUGACAAUAAUAGGUUGAAAAUCAAAUGAAGCCAUCACAUAUGUUGUUUGUACCAUAUGGAUUCUUCUGGUAAUAAUGUUACCCUAUACGUAAUACAUGAGCAGCCGGUACCAAAGUUACAUGAGUUUACAAUA